GUAUUUUCUGGUCAGCGUUGUGUUGGCUCUUUGUGUCUCCCAGGGAGCCAGUCAGGUGACUAUAGACCUUCGGCCUUACAAUGAAACCGCCAAGGUGAUGUUUGCGUCCGCUGACCUUGACAAAGACUUGACUUUCACCAUCGGCGAACUGCAGUAUUCGUACGAUGCCUACGACGCUGAUAAUGAUGGUGUUGUGUCGAGGACGGAGUACACCACAUUCACAGCUCACCUUAAUCCGGAAAUGUUCGCCUUGACGCAUGCGCUCUACGAUAUUUAUGAUUCAGACAAGGAUGAUGUACUUACCCUCUAUGAUUUCAAUGCCUUGUACAAACUGAUGGACACCAACGAAAAUGGGCGUGUGAGCGAGAAAGAAUAUAUACAUUGGUGGACAGUGACACUGGAAGCCCUGGAUCAUCUUCACCAUCCAUGAUGAUGAAAUUCCAUUUGUGAGCAAGUGUAUAUCUCCAUGAAGAUAAACAAGUGUAUAUACACUUGUUUACAAAUUUUGUAAACAAGUGUAUAUCUCCAUGAAGAUAAACAAGUGUACAUCUCCAUGAAGAUAAACAAGUGUAUAUCUCCAUGAAGAUGCUGUUUCGACAUUUAACUAACAAUUGAACGUGUUACCCUCU